UCCAGUAGCUCGCGAUAAUGUCACACCGAGGGACAUUUCUGAUCGUUUUCUCGCGUGACAGAAGAAAAGGGGAAGGAGGAGGAGAGCUCCGCCCUUCUUCACCUUGUCACGGAAUUCGCGAGGGAGAAUUACAAGCGCGUCAGAUCCUGAACAAAAACAGACCCUAAUCCGUUUAAUAACAGCAGCGACCCGAGCGCGUUCACAGUCGCGCGAGAUUGCACGCGUCUCUGUCUCAGAGGGCAUUUACGCGCAACUUUUACGCCACGUUCCUCGGAAACCGCUGCAGGACGCGCCGCCCGCGCGCCGCCAACUCCCCGAUUCCGCGCGCGUCCGGGAUUUUCACCGAGCUCGGGGAACCAUGGGAUGCUGCGGGAGCACGCAGAAGACCCGUGAAUGGAAACCAUUAGAGCAGAGGAAGUGCACAGAUAUCCCAUGGCUGCUCCUCUUCAUCCUCUUCAAUAUUGGCAUGCUCUGCAUCUGUGGCUUUGCCAUUGCGACGGGGGCCGCGUCCAGACUCAUAUCAGGGUACGACAGCUACGGGAACACCUGCGGCCAGAAGAACGGCAGGAUCCCGGGCAUAGAGCUCAGCGGCCGAGACCACGGCUCCAGAAAGUAUGUCUUUUUCCUGGACCCCUGUAACAUCGACAUACUGAGAAGAAAGAUUAAAUCUGUGGCCUUGUGCGUCUCCAAGUGUCCAGACGCCGAACUGAAGACUUACCAGGAUCUCACCAGGUUCUCCACCGUUAACGGAUCUGAUUUGUGCUCCUAUGAUGUUAAACCGGAGGAGUAUUCCUCUCACCCUAAUAAGUCUACAAAAUGUCCAAUACUUCCUGUGCAUCCAAGUGCAUCCUUGCCGGUGUUUCACCGCUGCAUGCCGGUGGAUAUUUCCUGCUACGCCAAGUUUGCUGAGGCCUUCGUCACUUUCGUCAGUGACAACAGCGUGGUGCACCGAGUCAUCGCUGGUGUGAUGACGUCCAAAGAGAUCAUCAUGGGCCUGUGUCUGCUCGCUCUCGUUCUGUCUCUGAUCCUGAUGGUUGUGAUCCGCUACAUCUCCGUGGUUCUGGUCUGGAUUCUCACAGCCGUUGUGGUGGUCGGCUCAAUCGGUGGGACGGGGAUCUUGUGGUGGCUGUACGUGGAUCACAGCAAAUCUGUGAACGGCACUCUGCCGGCUCUGGAGCUGGAGGUGGCCAAAGACAACCAGAAAGCCCUGCUCAUCUACGCCAUCGCUGCCACCGUCUUCACCGUGAUUCUGCUGCUGCUGAUGUUCUUCAUGAGGAAGCGGGUGGCGCUCACCAUCGCUCUGUUUCACGUAGCCGGUAAAGUGUUCACUCAUCUGCCUCUGCUGGCCCUGCAGCCCUUCUGGACCUUCCUCACGCUCAUGCUCUUCUGGGUUUACUGGAUCACCGUGCUCCUCUUCCUCGGCUCCGCAGGAAGUCCGGUGCAGAAUAACCAGACGGGUCUGGUGGAGUUUCGAAUGGACGGGCCGCUGCAGUACAUGGUGUGGUACCACGCCGUGGGGCUCAUCUGGAUCAGCGAGUUCAUCCUCGCCUGCCAGCAAAUGACCGUCGCCGGAGCGGUCGUCACUUACUACUUCACCAGGGAUAAGUCUCAGAUGCCGUUCACGCCCAUCGUGUCGUCUGUGCUGCGUCUGAUGCGCUAUCAUCUGGGCACCGUGGUCAAGGGAGCCUUCAUCAUCACGCUGGUGGAGAUCCCCAGACUCAUCCUCACCUACAUCCACAGCCAGCUCAAAGGAAGAGAAAGCGCGUGCGCUCGCUGCAUGCUGAAAGCCUGUAUCUGCUGCCUGUGGUGUCUAGAGAAGUGCCUGACGUACCUGAACAUGAACGCGUACACGGCAACAGCCAUCAACAGCACCAACUUUUGCACGUCUGCGCGAGACGCCUUCUUCAUCCUCGCCGAAAACGCUCUCCGUGUGGCAGCUAUCAACAGUGUCGGGGACUUUGUGCUGUUUUUAGGAAAGGUGCUGAUCGUGUCGUGGGCGUUUGCUGGGAUCCUGUCUCUGAACUAUCAGCGUGAAUACACCGUCUGGGUGCUGCCGCUCAUCAUCGUGUGCGUCUUCGCCUUCCUGGUGGCCCACUGCUUCCUCUCCAUCUUUGAGAUCGUAGUAGACGUUCUCUUCCUCUGCUUCGCCGUCGACACCAAGUACAACGACGGCAGCCCGGGCAGAGAGUACUACAUGGACAAGAGCCUGAUGGAGUUUGUAGAAAACACCAGGAGAGCCACGGAGCGGUACAGCAAAGUAGAAGGAGAGAGUCGAGAAAUGAAAUCUAUGACUGGAGGUACACUGGCCUGAUGAAGACCAGCGCAGCAUUACUGAUUCUCCAAAAAGUGCUAUUGAGACACAAAAGCUUCUCUUCAGGGAAUUCACCGUGACAGACGUCUGUCAUCAUGACUGCAGGGCAUUUGACUUCAGAAAAGCUCUAGGACAGUGAGCUGGAUACAUGCACAAAAAAAAAACACAACACUAACUGGAUCUAGUUAUCUGCAGUGCUAAUAUAUCUGCUCUUUAAAAAAAACAGAGCUUAAACUUGCAUGGAAAAACACUUGAGAGUACAUUUGCGAGUUAUUUAAAGAUGUAGGAGCAGAAAUAUGAGGGUUUUUUUAUUUGACAGCAUUUUAUUAGAUUAGGAUAGUCGUUUUUAUACAGAAGUAACAGUAGCUGCCUUAGUGUUUUAGAUAUUUUGGUUAAGAAUGCAAUGCUUUAGUAAUCUAAAUUCAUUUUUUUAAGGUGCUUUGUAUUAUCUGACAGCCUGUUGAUUUUAAAAUAUUUUUGUAACGUAUGUGAAAUACACUCCAGUCUCGAACCAUCUAUGUAAGCUAUAUUAUUGCAGAUCAGUCGAGUUGUACUUUUAUCAUCCUAGAGUAGUUCCUCUAUUAGUUUCGUGCAGCAGUAUGUUACAAGCAAAUAGAUUUUGCUCUCGUCUUCUCAAUGAUCAGCGUAAUAAUGAUUGUGAUUUCCCUCGUGCCAAAAAGCAGCAGUGUGUAAUUGAUGCAUCACAAACGACGCUAAACGGAAUUGCAAUCUGUUCGUUCGAGACGAACUAGGCUCCCGAUGGUCUUUUUUGGUCCCGGCAAUCAACAAAAGAGUCGUGCAGUUUCAUUUAGUGCGGAAAUUCAAUCAAGUGCAUUUGCGUGAAAGCGUGCGUGUGUGAGAUACGAACGUUUAUUCAAACACUCCAUUCAAUAAAACCAAAGAGAUGUGCAAAAA